AUGGCGUGUAGCGGUAUCGCCCCGACGUCUCUCGUCCCCGGCUUUGCACACAGCUUCACGGGUGCAGGACAGAGGCAGAGAAAAGGAGCCAGUGCCAGACACUCACAACAUCCCCUCGUAGCGUCUCCUCGUGUUUCCCUGACUCCGUCCCGUGUAUCCCUGCAAUCGCCGUUCUGGGGUCAGCAUCUCCUCUUUAAUCCAUGGCGUCGCGAGGAAAUCGAAGCGCGUAAUGCGCAAUGCGGCGCGGGGAGCGGAGGGGGGAGUGCAGCACGGGGAUCGGCGGGAACGCGAAGCCAAUUGCGGGUGAUUUGCGCAGCCGCGGCCAACAGCACGAGUACGCCGCAUAUGGAGGUGCCGGUUUCCAUGCACGAGACUCGCCGUCUGCCCCCGGUCCUGUCGCUUCCUGAUGCGAUUAUUGCUCUCUCUGCUGCUCUCUCCAACCUCGCCGCCUCCCCGCCCUGCUUCCCCUCUGGGGUAAUUCGACUUGAGGUUCCUCUUCCUCCUGACCUCAAUGCCCUCGCAUGGCUGGCAGCACAGCGACCAGCACCAUCACCACCACAACCGGCAGCAGCAGCAGGAGCAGCAGCAGCAGCAGCAGCAGCAGCAGCAGCAUCAGGGCAACAAUCAGCUACUGAUUCAGUAGCACCCGCAGUAGAGCAACCACCAGCGCAAGCAGCAGCACGACAAGCCAACCUGGCAUCCUCUCUGUCCAGUUCCCCCGCUCCUCCCCCUGACCUCUCCCCCCGCAUCUACUUCUCCCCACGCGCUCCCAGGGGCACCCGCUCCCUCUCCGCCCAGGCACCCUCCGAGCCUGCGCCGGACGGGUCGAGCUGGUCCGGCAUUGAUGGCUCAGGAAUAGGCUCGGUGGCGGGUGUGGGUGCAGCGGUGAUGCUGAAAGGGGAGGGUGAGGGGUUCAAGGCGAGGCAUUGGAGGCAGAUUCGCAGGUAUCUCUCAGACUCAUCCCCAAGCGUGCGCUUCUUUGGGGGCAUUCGCUUCGAUGCAGAGGCUCCCACAGCCCAUGAGUGGGCUCCCUUUGGCACCUUCCUCUUCCUCAUCCCCCUCAGGCCCGCCCUGCCCAAGAGUGGUCCCCUUUCACUCCUUUCUCUUCCUCAUACCCCUCCGACCACUGUGUUGGAGGCAGUUACAGCAGCGCUUCAGGCUCUGUCUCUGGUCCGCCCUGUUUUCAGCACCCCCCAUCCGCCACGCAUUUCAACACAAGUCACCUCCAAAGCAGUGGCACCGGACGAGCUGCUGUGGCACCUAGCUGUAGAGCGCACACUCCAAAGCCUGGGGCACAGAGGCACACAGGGGGGCGAGAGAGACGGGCGCGCGGGAGGAGCUGGGGACGCGGAGGGAGAGAUGGGGGGAGAGAGGGAGGGGCGUGGGGAGGGAGGGGUUGGGGGGCAGAGUCAGCAGAUUCAACAGAGUCAUCAGAGCCAGCAGAGCUGGGGUGAUAAGCCGUGGAUGCUUGAGCCGAGUAGGAUAGACCAGAUGCCUCUGUCUAAAGUGGUGAUGGCUAGACGCACUGCCUUGACCACUGUUGACCCGGUUGACCCGGUUGUGCUGCUGGGAGCUCUGCAGGCAAGGGAUCCCAGCGCCUUUCAGUUUCUCCUGGAGCCUCAUGCAGGCUGUGCCUUUGUCUCCUCCACGCCCGAGCGUCUGUUUGCGCGCAAGGGCCUGGCAGUGACGAGUGAGGCGGUGGCAGCAACGCGGGCGAGAGCUCAGGCACCAGCUGAAGACCACAGCAUUGCCCUCGGUCUGCUGCUCAGCAACAAGGAUCAUGAGGAGUUUGAGAUCGUGCGAGAGAGCGUGCACCGACAUCUAGCGGGCGUGUGUGAGAGGGUGCAAGUGGAGGAGUACAAGCGGAUCAUAUCACAGCACAGGGUGCAGCACCUCUACGCUCGCAUCAAUGGCCGCCUCUUCAGCACUGCAGGAGAGUUCAACCUGCUGACCUCACUGCACCCAACACCAGCUGUGGCCGGCCAUCCCCAGAAGCAGUCCCAGGAGGCUAUCCGCUUCGCAGAGUCCUUUGACAGAGGCCUGUACGCCGGACCUGUAGGGUGGUUCGGCGCCGAUGCUUCGGAGUUUGCAGUGGGCAUCCGAUCCGCGCUCGUCCAAUCAGGAGCCAGCAUGGCGCCAUGGGAGGAGCAACCUGAGGGCAUGGAUGGAGAGAGAAAGGAGGAGCAAGGGGAGAGGAGGAACAAGGGUGGGGGUGGUGGGCGAGUGUUGCUGUAUGCGGGAGUGGGGGUGGUGAAGGGUGCAAAGGCAGCUUCUGAGUGGAGUGAACUCAACUUGAAAACACGACAGCAACACCUCUGCUCGCACUUCCUUUCCCUGAUCCCCGUAUCCCCCUAUCAUCUUUCUGUUAUUAUGCCCUCGUCCCUUCAGUUUGAGGCGCUGCUAGGGGGAGUCCCUGUUCCUGUCCCAGGUGCAGCGCCGGGGUCGCGCUCGUCCCCGCUCUCCAUAGCAGCGGCUACCAACGCGCAUGUGACCACCGUGGUGGCCAUUGACGAGCGCUCCCUCGCCUUCCACGCCUUUGGCUACGCCCAUCCAUGUGCCCACCCAUGGCCCUCGCCGGGGUCGCGCUCGUCCCCGCUCUCCAUAGCAGCGGCCACCAACGCACUCGUGACCACCGUGGUGGCCAUUGACGAGCGCUCCCUCGCCUUCCACGCCCUUGGCUACGCCAUGGCCGCCCGCCGCCCCGCUGCCAUCAUCACCUCCUCCGGAACUGCCGUCUCCAACCUCCUCCCUGCUGUGGUGGAAGCCAGUCAGCAGCACGUGCCGUUGCUCGUGCUCACUGCCGAUCGACCUGCCGAGCUGCGCGACACAGCUGCAAACCAGACCAUCGACCAGGUGCAUCAUUUCGGGACCUUUGUUCGCUAUCAAGCCGAUGUUCCAGCACCUUCCGACAAGGUCCCUGCCAGGUUCGUCCUCACCACCAUCGACACUGCUGCCUUCCGAGCCUGUGCCGAGCCUCCAGGCCCGGUGCACCUCAACUGGCAGUUCCGGGAGCCUCUGGCGCCCAGCCCACAACCCUGGAGCCGAACCUGCCUGGCAGGCUUGCAUCGUUGGCAAACCUCCGUCCAGCCUUUCUCGCAACCACUUGGUGUGACCACAGCUGGUGCUGCGGUUUCUGCUGCUGUUGAGGCUGAUUCCUUCGUUGCUUCGCUCCCUGCUUCUUCUCUGCGUCGCCUUGGUCUGCCUGCUUCUCUGAGUGCCGGUGUGGCAGCAGGAGCAGCGAUGGGGGCAGGAGCAGAGGGAAUGGGAACAGGAAUGGGGAACACUGCGGCUGGCAUGGGUAUUCACAGGGAUACGGGCAUUGGCAACAGUAUGGGCAGCACGAGUAUGGUUACACUAAGCGCUGAGUUCCAAGAUGUGCUGUCUCUUCUGCGCUCAGCAAAGCGCGGCAUCAUCCUGGUCGGCAGUCUGCUGUCCGCGCGCGACGCCUGGGCGGCGUCACUCGUUUGCAAGUGCCUGCAGUGGCCAGUGGCUGCUGACGCUCUCUCAGGGCUGCGAGUGUGGAGAACACGAAGGGGGAGUGGGGGAGGUGGGAGAGGACGAGAGCAAGGAGACAGAGGCGGAGUGGGAGAAAGAGGGGUGGCGGCGAGUGGGUGUGGAGGAGAGAGUGGUAUGGUAGGAGCAUUCUAUCUGGAUCAUGUGUUGCUGGAUAAGGGCGCAGCUGAAGCUGUGGCUCCUGAUGUUGUGCUACAGCUAGGAGGCCCUCUGGUGGGCAAGAGACUACCAGGAAUGGUGGAAGCAGCAGCCACUGCUCCCCCCUCCUCCUCCUCCUCUCAUCCCUUCCGUGCGUAUAUCCUCGUGAACCCCUCACCUCGCCGCAUCGACCCUGCCCAUGCUGUCUCGCACCGCCUCCACAUGCCUCUCCCUGCCUUCGCCUCUGCUCUUGCAACUGCUCUGCCGUUCAUGGGGCGAGCAGGGAGUGUGGGAGGCGGAGGGGGAGGAGGAGGGGGAGACGGAGAGUGGGGAGGAGAGGGAGAGAGGGAUGGGGUUGUGGAGGAGGGUAUGGGGCAUGCAGCUCUGGUGGAGUUUCUUUCUGAUGCGGUGGGUGUUGAUAAGCGAGUUGGCAAAGAGCUUUCCCUCGCUUUGAACUUCCCCUCCCAAGUGCCUGAUGAAGCAUGGGUAGCUCGCACCGUGGCAGCAUGCCUGCCUGACGGCCAUGCCCUGUUCCUGGGGAACAGCAUGCCCAUCAGAGAUAUCGACAUGUACGCUGCUGCUCCCUCCUCCUCCUCCCCCUUCUCUGCCCCUCACCGCGCGCAUCCCCCUGUUGCUGCGGCUUCUACUGCUGGCGCCGCUGCUGGUUCUGGUGCUAUUGCUGCUGAUGGUGCUGCAGCUGCAGAGAGGCUUUUGGGGACGUGGGAGGAGGGAGGUGGGGAGAGAGUGUGGGGCGGGGUGCGAGUGGCGGGGAACCGGGGGGCGAGUGGGAUUGACGGAGUGGUCAGCACGGCUGUUGGCUUUGCAGCGGGCAUUCAGCAACCGGUAUCGCUGCUGAUUGGUGACGUGUCUUUCCUGCACGACUCCAACUCACUCGCUCUUCUCUCUGCUGCCCGCCGUAUUGUAUGUGAUGCGUUCCUUUUACUACUCCUGUCUGCUCGUGUAGUUCUUAUUCAUCCGUCUUUCCAUCCCAUCCUUAUCCCCUUCCUCCCGUCCACGCAUCAGACUCAUCCUUCCCCCGUCCCCCUUGCCCCUCCGCGCAUCAGGUCAGGGCAGCCGCCGGUGACAGUGGUGGUGGUGAACAACGGCGGGGGUGGCAUCUUCAGCCUGUUGCCAGUGGCAGGCAUGCUGGACUCACAUGUCUUCUCUGAACUCUUCUCCACGCCGCACCAAGUGCAGCUGCACCACCUCUGCAAGGCGCACAGACAGCGUGGUGAUCUCGGAUCGGAUCUCUUCUCCACGCCGCACCAAGUGCAGCUGCACCACCUCUGCAAGGCGCACAGGUCAGAGGGCACAGCAGAUGUGCUUUCGUAUCAAACAGUCCGACAGGACAGGACCGUCACACACGCGGUGGUGGAGGUGCAGGUUCCCCCCAUCCACCUCAACGUGCUCUCCCACCGCCUCCUGCAGGCCGCUGCUAGGACCACUGCUGCUGCUGGCAGUGCUGCUCCCCCUCGUUCUCCCUCCCGCCGUUCCAAAGCCAGGAAGAAGUGCGUGCAGUUCGUCUCACCAGUUUCAGAUCCUCCUCUCCCGGUUCCCCCUUCUCCCCUACCCGCUCCCUCCGCCCCCCCCCCUCCCAGAGUGGCGUAUUUCCGGGCCACCACGCGCACCUCCCUCCUCUCGUCCCUGCAGGCAGCAUGGGCCACGCAUCGCCAUGCGGUGGUGGAGGUGCAGGUUCCCCCCAUCCACCUUAACGUGCUCUCCCACCGCCUCCUGCAGGCCGCUGCUAGGGCGACUGCUGCCCGUGCUCUCUCGCUGUUUCAGAGCCAGAGGGACGGGCGUGCUGGGCUGGAAGGGGAGAGGGGUGGGGGAGAGGAGGGGAUUGGGGUGGUUCUGAGGGAGCCCCCAACGUCAGUGGCUGUGGCUGGAGCAGCACUGCCGCAGUCAGAAAGGGAGGGGCUGCUGUUGCAUGUGCGCCUGGAAGGGGGCGCUCUGGGCACAGGCGAGGUCUCCCCUCUCCCAGGCCUGCAUCCAGAGUCCUUCCUAGACGCGCACGAGCAGCUGUGUCUGCUCUCGCACCGCCUCCCAGGCCUCGCCUUGCCUCUCUCCCUCCCGCUGCUCAACGGAUCCUUCUCCCUCUGGAUUUGGCACGAUCUCGGCAUUCAGCCAGCAUCUCUAUAUUCAAGCGUGAGGGCUGGCCUUGAGGCCGCAUGCCUUUCUGCCAUAGCUUCUGCCCACAACACCUCCCUCUCCCACCUCCUCUCGCAAUCCCCUGCUCCUCCUCCUGCCACUAAUACUCCCGCUCCUCCUCCUCCUCCUUCGAUGCUACUCCCCCCUCCUCGAAAACAACCCCCCGGGCUGACCCACCGGGUGCGAGUGCGGUGCUGCGGGUUGCUGGACGGUUCCAGGGGGUCCAUUCCCUCCGUGUCCCGUGCAGCAGCGCACCUAGUCCACUCCCUCGGCUUCACAGCCCUCAAAAUCAAAGUAGCCAGACGCGCUUCCCCAUCAGAAGACGCAGCAAUGGUGCUGGCUGUCCGUGAAGCAGUAGGCCCGAGAAUCCACCUCAGAGUCGACGCGAAUCGAAGCUGGUCCUUGCCACAAGCUGUGGAGUUCGGCCGGCUUGUAGCAUCCUGCAACCUGGCCUUCAUAGAAGAACCGGUUUCGAAUCUGCAUCUUCUUUCCGAGUUCUACCAGGCAACCGGUCUCCCUUUCGCUCUGGACGAGUCUUUAGACGACGCGCUUCUCCUCCCGCCUUCCCAUGACACUCCCACUCUCGCGCUCCCCGCUUCUCUCGACUGGUCGGGGUUGGCAGCAGUCGUUGUGAAGCCGUCUAGACUGGGCGGCAUGGAGGCGGCGGCAGUGGCGGCCAGAUGGGCGGCGUUGCUCGGCGCAGAGUGCAUCGUGAGCUCGUCGUUUGAGUCCCGGCACGGGCUUGCUUUGCUCUGCCACUUUGCUGCUUUCCUCGACACGCACCCGUUCCCGUCCCCGCAACCAUCGCAAGCACAGGAUUCUGGUUCGUCAAGUCCCCCUGAGUCUCCUCCUGCGUCUCCCACUGCUGUGGUUCAUGGGCUCGGUACUUUCCAGUGGCUUGUGGAUGGAUCAGGAAGGGAGGAGGAGGGGGAGGAGGCGGAUGAGGAGGGGGAGGCGGAGGGGAAGGGUAAAGAAGUGGAGUGGGGAGAGCAGAGAAGUGCGUAUGCGGAAGGGUUGGAUAGGGUUUCCCGUUCUCCUCCUCUCUUAAUUGAUGAGAGGAGUUCAGACGGCCAGCUUGGAGUGCUGCUUUCCGCGCGAUCUGGUGUUGGUGGGGCCAGUGGGAUGCUGACAUGUGGAGUGCAUGGCACGUCAGAUUCAGCUGCUGUUGUGGGGACAGAAAGGGAGAGAGCUGCUUCCAGGGAUCAAGAAGCAACAAUUAGGAAAGAGGCAGAAUCGACAGCAGAAGGAGCAGCAGAGUUAGCAGCACAGUUAGCAGCAGCAGCGAGUCCAAAGUGGGAAGAACGCAGAGAAACAGUAACGCUAAGCAACGGGGGAACGGUUGACUUCAACAUCCUAGUAACACCUUCCUCCUCGCACUCUUCCUCCCCGCACUCCUCCCCAGACUCUCCUCUCUCUUCCUCUAGAUCGUCUCUCCCUCCAGCCACCCCCCCACCAACUCUCGUCUUCCUACACGGUUUCCUUGGCACGCUCGCUGACUGGCUUCCCCUUGCCGACUCCCUCUCUCUCUCCUUCCCUUGCGCCCUCGUAGACCUACCCGGCCAUGGUUCCACCACUGUCGCCCUCCCUGCACAUCCCACCAUCUCAGAGCCCCCUUCCUCCGCCACUGGUCCUGCACACUCCUCCACUCUAGCCUCCUCCGCGUCCUCUCACUCCUCUCCUCUUCCUCCGGCCCUUUCUUUUGAAGAAACAGCAUCUGCUAUUGCAUCGCUGCUUGCCCAACUGCAAGAAACCGCAGCUGCACACCAGCAGCAGCAGCAACAAGGAAAGGUAGUGCUCGUGGGAUACUCCAUGGGGGCUCGUCUCGCCCUCUACUUAGCUCUCCGCAAUCCACACCUGGUCUCGUCAGCGGUCAUCAUAUCGGGAAGCCCGGGGAUCAGAGAAGCAGCCGCUCGUGCUGCUCGUGCGGAGAGUGACGAUUCGCUAGCAGCAGUGCUGACGGCGGGUGGGCUGGAGCAGUAUGUUCACUCGUGGUACCAGCAACCACUGUGGGCCAGCCUGCGCACCCACCCAUGCUUCCAGCCCAUGCUUGCCCGCCGCUUCGCCUCCUCUCCCUCCGCCUCCCACACUUCUCCCCGCACUGACGGCACCGGUCCACCCAUGGUGGUGUUUCCUGGGGGCACAGAGGCAGGCCUGGCCAUGGCUCUCAGAGGACUCAGCACCGGAAGACAACCUUCGCUCUGGGACGAGCUCACCACCUCGUCCACGCCACUGCUGCUCGUGGCUGGCUCCCUCGACUCCAAGUUCGUCUCUAUCGCCCACCAGAUGAGCACAGCCACAGCUGCCCCUGCAACAGCAGCAGCAGCAGCAGCAGCAGCAGCAGCAGCUUCAAGCAGCGGCCGUGCCAGCACCCUGCAGCAGGAGCAGGAGGACCGGGAGCAGCAGGAGCAGGAGGAAGAGGAGCAGGAGCUUUUCUUCCCAGCUGGUUCGCCAGUGGAGAGCCGAGACUCAGACUUUCCUUUCUCUCUCAACCUGCCUAGCGUUGCCGCAUUUAAAUCUGCUAUCCUGGGCGGGCAGGCAUGGGAGGAGGAGGAGGAGCAGCAGUACGAGGGGAACGUGGUGGGGGAAGGGGACGAGUUUGAAGAGGAGAUUGGGGUGAAUGGGAGUGUGGGUGGGAGUGGUGGUGGUGACGGUGGUGGGAAGCGGCGCAGCAGCAGGUUUGAUGGUGCGUGGGCGGCAGAUAUGAAGCGAGUGCACCUGGAAGAGUCGCUUGGUGCUGCUCCAGACUUAUCGACAAACGACAAGUCAUUGGGGCUCCCCAUAGAAGCAGCCAAGGCUGUUCUUAUAACGGGCGGUGCAGUGAGCGUGGCAAUAGUGGACGUAGCAGGGCAUGCCAUUCAUGAAGAGAGGCCCGAGGCGUUGCUUCCGCUUAUUCGCCUCUUCGCAUCGAAUGUUGGUAGUCAGGCUGGUGCGGAGUAA